AUGGCAGAUCAUAUCACGCAAAACACAGUACGGGGCACAACCCGAAAGAAGGCGGUCGAAGCUUGUGAAAGGUGUCGAGGCAAGAGGAUCAAGUGUAACGGCUUCCAGCCCUGCAAUCAAUGCUUGAAGAAGAAUGCCCAUUGCGACUUCGCCAUUGCGCCGUUGCCGACAACAGGCGGGACCGAAGCUCUUGGGGAAAAGCUCGACCUAAUCAUUGCGCGAUUAGAGUCUAUCGAGCAGCGAUUGAACCAGCAAAGCCAAGACGAUAACGCCCACGUCUCAUCUCCCGUCCUUACGCCAGGUCUGGAAAAGCCUCAAUUACUGGCACUGCAUCCUAACACUCGAGGUGUUGUCAAGCUCAACCAGCAGACGGGUUGUUUUGAGUAUUAUGGUCGAACGUCAACCUUCCAAAUCGCAUCUGCACUGGGAAAGAGGCUUGAGCACACAGAAAGCACAUCUACAGACAUUUCAACCACCAAGAAGCGCCGAAUUGAGCUUGUUCACAGCUCUGAAGGCUCACCUGCGAUCGCGCCCAAAGCUUUGGACCUUGAUGAGCUGACCAGCUUCUGCGACUACAUCGUGCCACCUCACGCUUUACGUAGCGACCGUCGUCUGCAACUGCACAUUACCGAUAGGCAUCUUCAGGCCUUCUUCUGUACCAUACACCUCUUCCUGCCAGUGCUGGAUCAGGCUCGCUUCAGAUUGAGUCGACCGCAAUUCGUUUGUCUUAUGUACGCCGUUCUGGCACUUGGGGCUUUAUAUGAGGACGGCGAAGAUGACAGUCCAGCCUGGGCUUCGUGGUAUUUCGGUGAAGCACAGAGUAUGCUGGGACGCCUCCUUGAUGCUAGUAAUCUAGAGUUGACACAAGCUGCAACAUUUCUGGGAGCAUACGCGCAGCAUGCGAUCAAACCAAACUUAGCAUACAACCUCAAUGGCAUCGCAGCAAGGCUGGGUUACUCUAUCGGACUGAACGUCGAAUCUCUUCACCGCUCUCUGGGCUUCGACAAAGAAGAGGCCAGACGGACCUGGGCGAUAAUCUAUAUUCAGGAAGUGGAGUUGAGCCUCGAUUCUGGAAGACCCAUGUCGAUUCGCUCUGCAGACAUGAAUAUGAACUAUCCGACUAUGCAGUUGCCAGUAUCAAAUGAGUCCUCCACGAAUGUGGCCCAAGUUGUCUUCAUUGGCCACCUCGCGAAUAUCUCCAAGAUAGUACUAGAAAUACUGAAAAUUUCCAGCGUUCACGAAGAACGACCCCUCUUACUAUUGGAAGAAAGGGAAGCAUUGAGACAACAACUGGAGCGUUGGCGUGACUCGCUACCCAACUUUCUAAGCUUCGAAGACGGCGAUAGGGAAAGCCCUGGUGACAACAUCAAGGACACUUCAUUCGUUCUUGAAGAUUGGAGAGCUAGACAGCAGAGCAGUCUCCGCAUCCAUUUUAACUUGGCGAACAUCAUUCUACUACGGAGUGCGGUAUCUAUGCAAAAUGAAAUAGACCCUGGCGCUGCCGAUUGUCCGCUGAUCGCUCUACACCGCAAGAUUUGCUUGGACGCUGCACGCGACAUGAUUACGCACAUCCACCGUUCGUUCAAGCUUGCACCUGGACUAAGGAGAUGGACCUACUAUUGCUUCUAUUGUUUGCAAGCUACUUUGAUUUUGCUACCGCAAUCUGCAGACGACCGAGACGCUUCCGACGACCUCUUCUGUACACGCGCCGUAGAGAUCUUCGAGCAAAUCAAAUUGAAGGCAUCCCAACGAUGUGCAGAUGUCGUGCGCCAGUAUCUUCGGAAGCGUACAACAGUGCGAGAUAAGCAGAAACAAGAGACAGCUACACACUGCUCAGACUAUGCGAACCAAACCCUUCGAUCGUCGAGGUCAGGAUCAGCGCUGCAACGGCCGGAACCAGCCACCGCUAUGCCCUAUGGAUUUCUUGCACAGAACCAAUCUUGUGGUGACUUCGCAAACGAGACGCAAGAUUGUGAAUUAGACACAGCAGGUCUCCUAAGUUUUGACAUCGGUCGUGCAUCUUGGCCUUCCGUUUCGCCGACCACGUUUCAAAAUGAGAUGUAUGGGGCUCUUUACGAUAUCGACCCUAAUGACGACUUCCAACUAGGCCAUCAAUCAUUUUUCCUCGGGCCGGGAGGAUCUUUGAACGAUAUGUUUACUGAUGAUACAAAUGACUGGACUCAUCUGUGGACCAAUUGA